AUGAAGCGCUCGUUUCAAAACUUGUACCCAAUGUCUGAAAUUGUCAACGACAUCACUUUUGUCACGGACAAUGGACUUGUUGCUAGUGAAGCCAUUGCGACAAGUAGACGAGCGUGGAAGCGCAGAGUCUUUUGUCCCAGUAUACCUUCUGCUGUUCAAAUCAAGUCGACAUUUCUGCCUUGUACAACCCACCUCACAUAUUCACAGAUGCCAUCGCUACCGUGUCAAUGGAGAUGUGGCAAUUUGGAGACUGCAUUAAAGGAGGAAGCGUUAUUGUGUCUUGUUCUUUCAUUCCUUAAUGUACGUGAGCAUCAAAUCAUUCGACAAACGAAUCGAUCGUGGCAACGUCGUGUGCAAACGUUGGUUUUAGAUCGACUAGACUUGUCAUACUUCACCUCGCCAGUAUGUACUCACACGCUUGAUCGAGCAUGCCAAGGAGUGUUAGCAAGCUACAGUCGCAUUCGCCGACUUGAUCUAUCGGGUCAGCGUGCCCUUGUAGACCGAGAUUUGCUCGUGCUUACCUCAUGCUUCUGGUCUCAUUUGGAAGAAAUUGUCGUAGAUGAUUGUCAGGAGAUUUCUGAUUUUGGGUUGCUUGCUGUACUCAAUGCCCAAUCACUUCGACUGCGUUCUGUGUCUGUGCGCCGGUGCAAACGAGUGAUUGGUGACCUAUUUUUCACGCAACAUUCGCCAUUGCAUCAACUUACAGGCUCCCACCCAUCUCUUACUACUCUCAAUCUUGACGACACAAACGUCACUUAUGCCUUUAUUUCUCGCGUUGAAGCUCAUUUUCCGAUGCUCCAACGUUUAAGUGCAUUGCAUACACCAGCACAUCGAACGUUUUUCCAGCAAAUUCCAGUACUGAACUCUCUUCUGCGUGAAAUGCAGUUGCUUGUAAGCAAUGAACUUGACGAAUUGGUUUUGUCACCCGUUAUUCUUGACGAGUUUACCAAGUGGCGGUUGAGUCGUCAUGGAAAUAAAGUGGGAGUUUUUGAACGGACAAUAGUAGCGAACGGUCUGCAAGCAUUGCUUGACGUCCCCUUGCUUUUGACAAGCACCGAAGAUUCUACUGAUGAUAUUGAAGGCGAAAAUUCGGUAUUGAUCUCACUUUUGCUUCAUGCGUGCGUACGUGGAAAAAUUCGAUUGCUGUCAAGUAUUUUAGCAGUAGGACGCAACGGCAUUGCGUUUGACUUGGAAAAUACGGAUGCUGACGGCCAUUCACCUUUAAGUCUUGCGGUUUCCAAUGGAUUUGUUGAGGCCACACGGAUGCUUUUACAAGCUGGAAGUAACAUCGAAACUCGAUCAUUGAGCUUAGUGACUCCUCUCUAUCGGGCCAGUGAACAUGGUUGGGAUGGUUUAGUAGACAUGCUACUAGACGCUAAUGCACGAAGGGAUUGUAGUACGACAGGGGGUGCAACUGCGUUGUGUGUUGCUGCUAAGAAUGGCCAUCGGUCGACUGUUCUACGACUUUUGGCUGCUGAAAAGCAAGCUGAAGAUGAAGUACAAGUUCGAGGUCGAUGCAAUAAGUAUCAGCUAGUUCAAGCACUAUUUCUUGCAUGCGAGGGUGGCCACUUGUUUGUGGUCUCUGAUCUUUUGCUACUUACUGAGCUUAAUGCAAAUGUUCUUAUGAACGACAAUGUAUCUCCACUUUACUUGGCAUGUCAAAUGGGAUAUGAAGACAUUGUGUUGUUACUACUGGAACGUGGAGGUAAUCCUUCUUUUCAACGUCCACAAGGCGGUGUGUCUUGUCUGUAUAUUGCAGCUCAAGAAGGACAUAAUGAGAUUGUACGAAUGUUAAUUCUUGCUGGAGCUAACGUGAAUGCUAAAAUGAACGAUAUGUCCACUGCGCUACAUAUUGCGGCGCGUAUGGGUAGAAAAACUGUGUCGCAAACGCUGCUGAGUUACGGAGCACGUCUAAACGAUCAAACAAGAUCGGGAUUGACAGCUUUAUAUAUUGCAAGUGAGGAAGGUCAUACAGAGCUAGUUCAGUGUCUAUUAAAUUUAGGAGCAGCUCGUGAUAUUCAGACAUCUAGUGGUGCUACAGCCUUGUUUGCAGCUGUUCAUCGUGGCCACAAUUCGGUCGUGGAAAUGCUGUUACUUCAUGGUGCAAAUACUUCAGUGUCAAAAUAUAACGGUGCGAGCCCAUUAGAUGCUGCAGUUAUGGUAGGCAAUACCAAUAUCGCACGACUGCUUUUACGCUUUGGUGCACGCGUGGGAGGGUUGGCUUUGCACUUUGCGGAGCGCCGACAAAAUAUUGGAAAUCUACAUGCUCUGCUACAAGCAAGUUACUCGAGUCAACAGCUUUUUCAAGCCAUUGAAACGAGAAACCAAUCUACACAUACUUUAAUUGCUCCAACGAAAGUAGAUUCGAAGCACGGAAAAACAUUUGGUAGCGUAUGA